AUGCUGUACAUCUUAGAGGGUUUGCUGCUGCUGCCAGAAGUCCUCAGCAGCAGCCGCGGCAGCAGCAGCAGCAGGGAGUCUGCAGCAGCAGCAGCAGCAGCAGAAAGCUCGGGCCCCUUCUUGCCUGCGUGGCUGCUUUCUACUUUCGUUGCUUCUGUUGCUUUUCGUGUCUCUCCUCAUCCUGCUGCUGCUGCUGCUGCUGCUGCAGCAGCAGCAGCACCUGCUGCUUUUGCUGUUGCUGCUAAGCACCUGCCGCAGCCGCUGCCGCCGGAGGCUCCCGAGGGCAUGGAGGACUUGCUGCAGCAGCAGCAGCAGCAGCAGCAGCAGCAGCUGCCUGAGCUGCUCCUCUUUGAUCUGCAGAGCAGCGGCAGCAGCGCAGCAGCAGCAGCAGCAGCACGGCGUUUGCUCAAGGGGAAGCUAUGCAGCCUUCUGGGCAGCAGCAGCAGCAGCAGCAUCGCGAGGUGCUCCCGCGGGGCAGCAGCAGCAGCAGCAGCAGCAGCAGAGACACUGGACACAGUGCAGCAGCUGCAGCAGACACAGGCGCUGCUGUUUGCCCUCUCAGCAAAAGAAGCAGCAGCAGCAGCUGGCGGCUCCCCGCUGCAGCUGCGAGCCCGCACCCUCAGCAGCAGCAGCAGCAGCAGCAGCAGCAGCAGCAGCAGCAGCAGCAGUGAAGCGAAAGUUCACUUAGAGCUACGCUCUGCAGUUUAUCUGCCAAGCCUUAAAGGAAGCAAGAAGAAGGAGAAGCAGCAGCUGCUUUCCUUUUGCUAUUUCGCGUCAUCUCAAGGAGCAGCCCUUGCUGCAGCAGCAGCAGCAGCAGCAGCAGCAGCAGCAGAAGAGGGCCCCCAGCAGCAGCAGCAGCAGCAGAUUCAGGCGGGGCUUGUUGCUGCUGCACAGGCCCUGAGUGUGGCUUUGUGCACUUUGUCGCUGCUGCCUUAUUUGCUGUGCUGCAAGCAGCAGCAGCAGCAGCAGCAGCAGCAGCAGCAGCAGCAGCAGCAGCAGCAGCAGCAGCAGCAGCAGCAGGAAGAUGAAGAAGAUCCAGAAGCAGCAGCAAGUGAGGAAGCCCAGGAGGAAGCUGAAGAAGAGCUGGAGGCGGCGCUGCAUGCGCUGCAGCAGCUGCUGCUGGUGGCCUCUCCGCUGCAGCAGCAGCUGCAGCAGCAGCAGCAGCAGCAGGACGGUUCUGAGGAGCCAGAUGCAGCAGCAGCAGCAGGUGCUGCUGCUGCUGCUGCGCUGACGCAAGCAGCAAACUGCAGCAGCAAACUGCUGCUGCUGGGCGGCAACACUGCAGCAAAAGGCUUGCUGCGAGAAGCAGCAGCAGCAACAUGGCGCUGCUUGUGUGUCUUUGCUUCCCGACGGGCCCUGCUGCAGCUAGUAGGCGUUGCUGCUGCUGCUCCCAGCCGCAGCAGCAGCAGCAGCAGCAGCAGCAGCAGCAGCAGCUCGGAGUCUGAGGGCGAAGACACAGAAGAGGAAAGCGAGGCCAGCAGCGAAGAGGAAGGAACUGAAAUAAAAGAAAUAAAUAAAUCAAAAGAAUUAAAUAAAUCAAAAGAAUUAAAUAAAUCAAAAGAAUUAAAUAAAUCAAAAGAAUUAAAUAAUUCAAAAGAAUUAAAUAAUUCAAAAGAAGCAAAUGAUGAAGAAGACACAAAUGUGCUGCUGACUCCUGAUGAGGCCCUCAAGGCGCUGCUUGACGACGAUGGACUUGGCCCCCUUGGCGGCUUCCUGCAGCAGCACCAGCAGCAGCAGCAGCAGCAAGCUGCAGCGCGGAAGCUGCUGCUGCGGCAGCGGCAGCGCUUUGGAGAGUUGCGGCUGCGGGCCUUGUCGGCCCUUGAGGUGUACAUACACUGCAGCAGCAGCAGCAGCAGCAGCAGCAGCAGCAGCAGCAGCGGGUGGAACUCGCUGUGUUUGGAGCUGCUGACUGCGCUCUACGGCAGCUACAGCCGCGCUUUGCUGCAGCAGCAGCAGCAGCAGCGGCGGCAGCGGCAGCAGCAGCAGCAGCUCGAGGUGUACGGACAGCUCAGCAAGAAGCUGCGAGCCACAAUCGAAGCAGCAUUUAAAACAAUUAAAAGAAGCAGCAGCAGCAGCAGCAGCAGCACAAAAGACAACAAAGCUGCAGCAGACAGAAGCAGCAAAAACCCUCUUGCUGCUUGCUACCACGCGCUGCAGCAGCAGACGCUGCUGGCAAUCCAGCAGCAGCAGCAGCAGCAGCAGCAGCAGCAAGUUGGGGCCGCUAAGCGCAGCAAAAAGAGACAGCAGCAGUCCAAAGAUGAGGCACUGAACAGCAGCAGCAGCAGCAGCAGCAGCAGCAAAGAAAGAGCAUCGGAGGUAAUUGCUGCUGCUCCCUUGCUGCCGGCCCUGGACAGCAGCGAGCGCCUGCAUCAGCUGCUGCUGCAACGCAGCAGCAGCAGCAGCAGCAGCAGCAGCAGCAGCAGCAGCAGCAGCAGCAGCAGCAGCAGCAGCGUGAGGACUGAUUUGUCGGAGACGAUGCUGCAGCUGGUGGCUGAGUAUACCUUAAAGGUGCUGAAGAGCAGCAGCAGCAAACUGCCUGCUGCUGCUGCUGCUCUUAACCAGACACUAGGAGCAGCAUUUUUGCUGCGGCUGAACGCUUUGGAGGCUCAGGUCCGCAAAUUUAAAAACAGCAGCAGCAGCAGCAGCAGCAGCAGCAGCAGCAGCAGCAGCAGCAGCGAGCAGCAGGAAGAAGAGGAGCAGCAGCAGAAGCAAAAACGGCGCAAAAAGGACUCGGUGCAGCCCCAGCAGCAGCCCCAGCAGCAGCAGCAGCAGCAGCAGCAGCAGCAGCAGCAGCAGCAGCAGGAGGGCAGCAGCACGCUGGAAGAAGUGCUGCAGCUGUGUGUCUCCUCUCGUGCUGCGCUGCGCUGCUGCUAUUUGGAUUUAAAUUUCUUUUCUUACUUUGCAGAAAGAACUCCUCAGGUGUACAUACACCUCAACUUGUUUGCUGCUGCAGCAAAAGCUCGCUCGCCUUUUGUGCAGCGCGAGCUGGCGCAGCUGGCGUUUCAGGUGUACAGACACUCCGGCUUCUUAGCAGCAGCAGCAGCAGCAGCAGCAGCAGCAGCAGCACAGCAGCAGCAGCAGCAGCAGCAGCAGCAGCAGGGGCUGCUGGACCCCCAGGAGGUCGUGCUGAGUCUGCUCGCGAAAAACAGGAGGAGAAGCAGCACGGAAGCGGAGCACAGCAGCAGCAGCGAGCAGCAGCAGCAGCAGCAGCAGCAGCAGCAGCAGCAGCAGCAGCAGGUGCCUGCUCACCUCGAAGCAGCAGUGCAGCGAGCCCUAGAGCCCCCAAUGGUUCCCUUGAAGGCCUUUAAGUCUCCAUCGCGUUUUGCUGCUUUUGUUUUGAGGGCUUUGCUGCAGCUCUUAGCAGCAGCAGCAGCAGCAGCUGUCCGAGAGCAGCAGCAGCAGCAGCAGCAGCAGCAGCAGCAAGAGGAAGAGGAGCAGGAGGAGGCCCAGCAGCGACAGAAGAAGAAACGAAAAGAAACGAAAGAGAAGCAGCAGCAUGCUGCAGCAAACAGCAGCAGCAGCAGCAGCAGCAGCAGCAGCAGCAGCAGCAGCAGCAAUUUGGAGUGUACGUACAGCAGCGAGUCUCAGAAGCAAACAGCAGUGCGGCUGCUGCUGCAGCAGCUGCUGCAGCUGCUGCGGCUGUUUGUGAAGCGCGCAGCAGCAGCAGACCGAGCCACCCCCGCAGCAGCAGCUCCAGCAGCAGCAGCAGCAGCAGCAGCAGCAGCAGCAGCAGCAGCAGGGAGCAGCAGCAGCAAUGCUUUAAAUGAUUUAAUUAAAUUAAUUUGCAAAGACAAAGAAAUGAUGGAAGAGACAGUGCGGGGAGCUGUACAGACAGCUGGAGGAAACAAAAACAAAAAACUCCAAAAUGAAAUUUUCAAAUUUCUUGAAAGACUUACAGAAGAAAAACCCCAAGCAGCAGCAGCAGCAGCAGCAGCAGCAGCAGCAGCAGCAGCAGAAGACGCAGCAGCAGCAGAAGACGCGGCAGCAGCAGACGCAACAGACGAGGAGGCAGCAGCAGACACGGCUGCAGCUGCAGCAGCAGGCAAAAAAGCAGCAGCAGCGGACAAAACAGCAGCAGCAGCAGACAAAGCAGCAGCAGCAGCAGCAGCAGCAGACAAAGCAGCAGCAGCAGCAGCAGCAGCAGGAAAGAAGCGGCGGAUGGACGGAGAGGCAGCAGCAGGAAGAAAGAGAAAAGAACUAAAAAGAAAAUCUGCAAAUGAAGUUUAG